UGAGGGUGCAGAUAGAGGACCACUCCUCUGCCCGCAUAUGAUUUCCUCUCCUCUCCUCUCUCCUGUCUGGGCUCGCUGGUGAGGAGGGGGAGGGUGGUCUUGCAGUAGACGAGAGGAACAGGAGUUUAUUGAGGAGUAGCUGCAUCGGGUGGGAGGAAUCCAAAACGAGCGUCGUCGCCUUGCGGAUGAUAGUAACAUUCUAAAUUGACAAAUCAUCACUUUUUCUUCGCGCGAGAGGCUGCGGAGCGAAUUGUUUAACUUGUUGAUGCGACGCUAUUGUGCUUUUUUUUCGGGUCUUUCUCCGUCGUCUGGCUGCAGUGGCUGAUAGAUGGGUGGUGGACUAUCUGAGUGGAAUCUUUUUAAUAAACUCCCCGCGGAUGCUGUUUAAAGAGGUGGCAUUUUAAGAUGCAAUUCAUCUCAUAGCGCUGUGGAAACCGGAGCCGGGUCGCAUCAGUUCUAACAGGUCACAGCAUGGCAGCAGGUGUAGCGGCGUGGCUCCCGUUCGCGCGAGCGGCGGCCAUCGGGUGGAUGCCCGUGGCCAGCACCCCGAUGCCCAUCCCGCCGCAAGACAAGCGGAAAGCCCAGGACGGACUCAUCAUCCUCAACGUGAGCGGCACCAAGUUUCAGACGUGGAGAACCACUCUGGAGAGGUACCCGGACACUUUGCUGGGCAGCACCGAGCGCGACUUCUUCUUCCACGAGGAGACCAACGAGUACUUCUUCGACCGCGACCCCGACAUCUUCAGGCACAUCCUGAAUUUCUACCGCACCGGGAAACUACACUACCCGCGCCAGGAGUGCAUCUCCGCCUACGACGAGGAGCUGGCGUUUUUCGGGAUCAUCCCUGAGAUUAUUGGGGACUGCUGUUAUGAGGAAUACAAGGACCGGCGGCGGGAAAACGCGGAGAGACUUCAAGACGACGAGGAGAUGGACAUGAACAAUGACGUCACGCCGGUCAACCUGACGGUGCGGGAGUACCUGUGGCGGGCUUUUGAGAACCCGCACACCAGCACCUUGGCGCUGGUCUUCUACUACGUCACCGGCUUCUUCAUCGCCAUAUCGGUCAUGGCCAACGUGGUGGAGACGGUCCCGUGCGGGAGCCUGCCCAACAGGUCCAAGGAAGUUUCCUGCGGGGACCGCUACGCGCUGGCCUUCUUCUGCCUGGACACCGCGUGCGUCAUGAUCUUCACCGUCGAGUAUCUCCUGCGCUUGAUCGCGGCUCCCAGCAGAUACAAGUUCAUGAAGAGUGUGAUGAGCGUCAUCGACGUGGUGGCCAUCAUGCCUUACUACAUCGGGCUGGUGAUGACGGACAACGACCAGGUGAGCGGCGCCUUCGUCACGCUGCGAGUCUUCCGGGUGUUUCGGAUUUUCAAGUUCUCCCGGCACUCGGCGGGUCUGCGCAUCCUGGGCUACACCUUGAAGAGCUGCGCCUCCGAGCUGGGCUUCCUGCUCUUCUCCCUCACCAUGGCCAUCAUCAUCUUCGCCACGGUCAUGUUUUACGCGGAGAAAGGCUCCUCGGCCAGCAAGUUCACCAGUAUCCCCGCGGCCUUCUGGUACACCAUCGUCACCAUGACAACGCUCGGGUACGGUGACAUGGUGCCAAAGACGAUCGUUGGGAAGGUGUUUGGGUCCAUAUGCUCUCUGAGCGGGGUGCUGGUCAUCGCCCUUCCUGUCCCUGUCAUAGUAUCAAACUUCAGUCGCAUCUACCACCAAAGCCAGCGGGCGGAAAAACGACGAGCCCAGAGGAAAACUCGGCUUGCUAGAAUCCGUGCUGCGAAGAUUCGAGGCACUAAUGCCUAUAUGCGCUACAAACAAAAUGGGCUCCUGAUCGACUCACUGGAGGAGGCCUCCAAGGAGGCAGGACAAGCCCUGGUGGGGAAGCCCCCCUCCCCUCCUUUUGAGAGCCAGCAUCAUCACCUGCUGCACUGCCUGGAGAAGACCACGAAUCACGAGUUUGUGGAUGAGCAGACGUUCCAGGCCAACUGCAUGGAGAUCUCUGUGAUGAACAAGUCAGGCUCACGUACUUCAUCACUGUCCUCCUCCCCGCAUGGAUUCAGCUCCUGCUGCUCGCGGCGCCACAGGAAAAAGAGCAGCUUCAGCCUGCCAAGCACAAACAACCAGGAGCUGAGCACCAUCCAGAUACGAGAGAGGCCGGUGGUCAACAGCCGCGCCAGCCUGAACGCCAAACUGGACAUGACGGUGCCCUUGAAGUGUGACGAGUCCUACAUCACCCCUGCCAUGGUCAGCCUGUCCGUCCCAGUGGUGACCUCAUCAGACGGGGACGGCUCCACCACCACCUCCUCGUACUCUCAGAGCAACAUUGUCCGAGUAUCGGCCUUGUAGACGUCUGGGCCAGUCAGCCGACGGGUCGGAACAAGCACCGGAUGCUGAGGAGAGGGACCACCGAGCAUCAACCUGCCAUAAUCUAGAUGGAUUACAAGAUCAGCAGAGGUUUUUCCUUUUUCUUUUGAAGUAGUGAUCUCAUCUGAUGUCAACCGCUGCAUGGUGUUCCAGUCAUGUGGACAGCUGAUGGUGAAGCGACCAGCAGAUCUUGCCUCAUGAAGCACAGCAGAGCAGAGACACGCUGCCACUGGAUCGUUGUUGCCUACACAUUCUGAAAAAAAAAAGAAGAAAAAAAAAAAGACUUUAUUUUUGAAUCUGCGAUGAAGUUGUUUUCCUCGUCUUCUGUGAGGGGCAGAUGUUCAACGACGGGUCUUAAUGGCCGCUGAAGCACACACGUUCAUUAACCAAGAGGCUUCUCUGUGAAUAUUCAACCGCUCGCGCCGUUUUUUUGUUAUGUUUUUUUAGAAGCCGGUUCCCAACGGUCACUGAUGUAAAUUCAGACAUGCAUCCUCUGGAAUGUUGUGAAUAUUCUUUCAUUCAUUCGUUCAUCGGUGUCAUCGCUUGAAGAGUAAAACAAUGUGCCGCGCAUCAUGCCAUGUCUGUGAAACGUGCCAGUGGAAGUCAACAGUUUGUGUUUUCGCUUUCAUACUCGACACUGACAUGUGAGAUCCGCCACCGCCAAUAAGUAAAUACUAUCGAGAGACAUGAAACGCUCCCAUCGGCCUUGGAGGUAGGAGUACGACUAAUAAUGUUCAGUGUACGGCCAAUUCCCAACCACUUCCUGCCGAAAAAGCAAGACGUCACUGUGUUCAAUGGCCAUUUUUGUAGUUUUAUUUUUAUCAUGCUGUAAAUAUCUCAGAACUUUAUCGACCACAUUUGGAUCCAGUUCUUUCUAGAUUUAGUUGACAGUUGUUGACACACUAUUUCUGUCUGUUAACGGGUUGAAUUAAGGAUUUGCAUGCUGCCAUCCGCCGAAUUCUGUUUUUAUUGAAAGUAAGCCUUUUGUCUUUGCUUCCUGUCGAGGCUUUGCCAGUCAGAAUCAGACCAUGGAAACAGGUGAGUGAUGGUUGUGUAAUGAUGUCACUUCUACAAAUCAUGGACUUGAUCUAUGAGCGGAUUAAAAGGGAAAAAUUCAAACAUUGUGCAUUUGGUGCAGUGGAUCAAUAAAUACUGUAGCUCAACUGAAUCAUCCACUCCAAUGACCCAUGUCUGUUUUUUUUAUUUUUUUUAAGUCAAAAGCAACCAAAUGCAGAUGUUCUGAGGCAGAUUUGCCCAUUUAGUAGGUACCAAAACAUGCAACUCAUUGGGUCACUUAAAUGUGGCCCUUAUAAAUUAUAUAAAUAGUAUCUCAUUUUAUCUGUUUGUUUUCUCUCCAAAUGGCAAGUAACACUUGCAAUGAACAUUUUAAAUAAAUAAUUAAUAUUUCUUCUAAAAAGGAUAAAAUACAUUCCUUUCCCGGUCCCUCAAAAUAAAGAAGAAAAAAUACCUUGUAUAAAGUGCUUUCAUUAUUUAUGCAUAAUAAAACUGCAUAUAACAUCACGGUGUAAUAAUCCCUUUUUUUUUUUUUUUUUUCUUGCAAAAUUGAAGUAACAUUUUUGCCUCGUUGGCUCGCACAACAAUCACAGUAUGUAAUGUGGCCCCUUCAAAAAAUGACUUGCCCACCCCAGUGGUACGUUUGCUAAUGUAACUAUGAAGUUUGUGGAGUUUACAUGGUCUUGGAUGAGAAGAUGCAACAACCCAUCCGAGUUAUCAGUGGUAGGAAUCGUGUCUAUAUUUAGUAUGUUGUAAAGAUAUGUGCGCACAUCUAGGUGCAAUGAGAAGAAGUCACCCUCAUUUAAAAAUUGUUUUUUAUGUUGCCACCAAACAGAGGAGAGCACUGUAUGGAUGUGCAGAUCUGUCCAUCUCUGAUGUGCUUGUAAAAGUGAUUUCUCUCAGGAUGGAUGACCAACGGUUUAUUAAUGUCACGUGAUCAAGGAGAUCGCAGGCCCCAAAAAGUUCUGGAUCAACUGUCUCCAUGUCAAAUUUGACUACACCAGAGCACUCUGGGGUAAAACAUUACUGAAAUUAAGAAGAAACGUUAUGCUUUUUCUGGUUAAAAUAGAUUUUUUUUUCAAGCACUAAAUGCUGUUUUGGAGCUGUCCAUGGUCCUGAGUUAAAUAGUUUCAGACCACACUGGUAACAGAUGCAGUGUGUUGAGGGAAAGCAGUCCAUACUCUUUAAUAUGUACAAACAGAGAACUAAAUAAAUCUUCCCCCAGCUUCUCUCCACGGAUGAGCAAUGUUGCUGUCAGAAAUAAAUGGUGACGCCAUACAAUGAAGCGUAAAGCAAUGAAUCUGAUGCUUGAUCAAGACUUAUUUUUAAUUUUAGAACAGAUUUGUCUGCUGGAGUCCAAGAAAAGCACGACACUGCUAGUCAUUUUGGUGGUCACAAGCUCACUGGGAGGUCGGGAUUUUGAUAAAACCUGGAAAGCAGAUGUAUGUCAGCUAUUCAAGGAGCAAAAGAGUCUUUUGUGUUGUUAUCACUGACUCAAGCUAAAGGAGCAGAACUUGCUUUUCUUGUGCUAAACACACACAAAUACUGCAAACUGUAAAACUACUAGAGAUUUCGGUUUUAAUUUGAUUUUACAGGAAGAACGUACAUUGAUGGAGCUUGCAUGCUUUCUGCCUCCCAGGGAUUCUCUGGUGAAUCAUGGGCCACGUGACGCCCGUCAGAAAACAACUGUUUUCACUCCCGUUUUGAAUUUUAUACAGUGAUCUUUGAAUUAUCGUGUCUGUUUUAGUCCUAUUUUUGUCGUGUUACGCAACGUUGUAAUAACAAGGUGCAGGAUGGACAUGUGGGGACGUGACUGGCCCUGUGGGGGGCUCUUAGUUGUGGUGUCCCUGGAGUGGAAGUAGCAGGCCUCCACGACGCCCCACAUGCUGAGAUAAUUACAUCCAACCGAGCCGCUCCGGAACCUUCCCACAAGUCGGACUGCAAGAUAAUACAGAGGCUGAUGGAAUUAAGACUCUUUCAUCCCUUCAAACAUGUUUACACUGACAGCAGACGACAAAAACACACAUUAUUUAUUCAAUUUACUCAAACUACAACUAAAAGACCACAUAGUGGAUAAAGUGAACAAUUUAAACCAAUGAACCCAAAAAUAAAAUCUGGACUAGAAUAUGGCUGCUCACUUUUGCCGGCAACAUUCAGUGUGUCACAGUAAAUUGAACUACUGUAUAUGGCAGCCAUUGUUGGGAAUAUUAUUGUCAUCUUCUCAACAAUGAAGACACAUGAAUGAGAAUGUUAAAUGGAUUCCAAGAGUCGGAGUGAAUGACAUGGAAAUCUAAGCCUUUAAAAGUGACAGUUGGACAAAGCUUCAACAGUCCUGUCCAUUUAGCACUAUUAGCAUUAUUAGAAAUAUAUUAUUAGAAAGCUAAAAAUGAUCAUUUAUUGAUGUUGUAGUCAAGACUGUUUUGAGACCAACGCUAGAAUAGACGCAUUUCAGGCCACUGAUAGUUGCAGUAGUUCUUGACCAACUUCAACAAUGGAAACUUUGGUCUUUCGUCUUAAAAUAAAUAGCAUGAUUGAAAGUUAGUGUUGCUUUAAGACAUUGCGGUUUUGUGCUUCCUUCUGUGUCCAGUACAAGAGGAGGUAGGAAAUAUUAAAAUCAGUACAAGUCACUCGAUCCGUUUAGAUACGUUGGCUGAGACGUGCAAAACACAUUUACAAACUCUUGGAACAAAAUUAAAAAUAGCUAAACAAACUUCUUUAGCAAACACAUUUUGUGCAAGUGUAUUUUACAGUGUAUUUCCAAGUUUGUAAAUAUGUUUUCUGAGUUUGUAACUUUGUUUUUCGAGUCUGUAAGUGUGUUUUUCCAGUUUGUAACACAUCUUAAAACGUCUUCCUGCAUUUAGUUAACUCCCAAUUGUGAUCCUCCACAACUGGUACAAAUGGAACAUUCCAACACCUACUUCAUGAUCAUGAUCAUAAUUUGGUCCCCUCCCAUUCGGUACGAGUCUUCGGAAAAUUUGCACACAGUGGAAACAUGUUUACGUUUUGUGAAAACAAAUUUAUAAACCGAAAACGCAUUAACAGACUUGGAAAUACACUUACAAACUUAGGGAAAAUAAUAAACUUUAUAAAUCAGUUUGAAACACUGUAAAUGCUAUUUGUAAAUUUGUUGCAAGAGUUUGUCUUUUUUUUUUUUUUUAAAUAUGUAUGUGAUGCAGUUCUCUGCCACCGUAGUUACAACCUGCCCAAACCCAACAUCCAUGUUUACUGUCAUGUAGAAGUUCAAUUCUCAGCUAACUGUGCAUUUAAUACAUUUCUCAGAUAUCAAUGUGAAAGUGAACAAUCUAACUGAAGUGACAUCCAGCUCUGACGUUAGUUCCUUCAGUACAAAAACAUCAAGAUUCCUUGGUAAAUAGGGAUCGCACUCUCCUCUUGAGCCGAUGGAACUCAGUCCUGAACUGAGGAUUUAGUGCUGCAUAUAUGAUGGGGUCACUGAGUGAAGUGAUGCAGGCGAUGGACACAGACAGGAUCUCCACAUUCAGAUCCAGCGUCAUCUACGAAGGAUCAGAGCAGAUUAGAGGUGUGCAGCUCACACACCCACGUGCAGCACACACUUACCACUGUAUAUUUGUUUUCGUGAACGGCAAAAUUGAGCAGGAUGGUGGUGAUCAACGGCAGCCAGAACAAGAGGAAGGUCAGGAUGAUGUAGCCGGCACGUUUGGCUAAGUUGCUCUCCUUCCUCUUGGUUGCUCGUUCCCGGCUGGACUUCGCCGGCAUCAUACACACCGCCCCGAGGACUUGUGCUUCCGUUGUAGUCGCUUCAGUUUGAGUCAGACCAGGAUCGAGCGCAGCAACAGCCAAGGCCUCUCCUCCAUUAAUGAGGGAAAGAGGACAUGUUUUGACCAAAUCACUGUGGAUUUUCACUGCCUGUGGUUUUGAGCUUGCAACACUUGCUUCCACCGUGGACGGUUUGCCCUCAGUGGCGCUGUCACUCUGCUCAGAUUUCACUGGGUUCUCACCGGAACCUUCAGGCGAUUUUGUUUCCAUCUGGUUUCUCUUCUCUGUCGCACAGUUCUGUACAAGUUCCGGUUCUUGCAAGGCAACAGAAUCCUUCUUUGACCCGUCUUUUGUCUCCAACUCCACCAGUUCCAGUGGCAUUUGGUUUUUCUCUUCUUGUGGCACUGAUAUCUUCUCAGACACAGGGACAGUCCCCUGGUCAAAUAUCUUCCGAUUGUGUGCUCGCACAUGGGUAAAUAUCCGAGUGUAGAAUCCGAUAAUGACGGCAAAGCAGGCCGCCCACAGAGGGAAAAGUGUGUAAAGUCCAAAUGUAUCAUAAGAGGACGCCUCUCCCUGUGGGGAUCUGCAAUACACAUGAACAGGAGAGUCUUUGAGAAACAUCACGGAAGACAGCGCCAGCAGGACAGCUAAGAUCCAUGUGAGAGGAAUCAACACGAUAAUCCUGCGGCGUCUCUGCACAGUUUUGAAAGGCUGCGCGAUGGCUUGGUACCUCUCAGCGCUGAUGCAGGCCAGAGUUAACAGUUGGACGCAGCAGCUGAAGGAGAAGGAGACGAUUUGGGCGUCACAGAUGAGCUGGUCCAAACGCCUCUGCUGGUGCACAAACAGAACAAUUGUGAAAAGAACCGGACAGUCGACCAGACAUCUGAGAAUAUCUAUCGUGGCCAGGUUCACAACCAGAGCAUUGUUCCACGUCCGCAGGGAUUUUUGGUAGUAGACUGCCAGGAUGACGAACAAAUUUGCUGCGACGCCGACGACCGACGUGAUCCCCAAGAUCAAGCUGUUGGCCGUCACAAAUCCUACAUCAAUGUAUUGGUCCCAGAUGCUGUGGUUCCCAAAUGUGGCUGACAGGUCGCUUUUCAUUUCCAAACUCAAAGGGCUGCCAUGUUCACGCUGAGUCCCCGGACCUGAAUUUUCACUAGAGCUGCUGCUGUUUGGCUGCAGAGUGAACAUUAGUGGAAGAACCUUCCGGGCGGACAAUUAAAGCCAAAGUGUCCGCCCUUUUCAUUAUCGCUCCACGGCUCCAGCAGGUCACCUGGGAGUUUCCCCUCUUCACAUUCAUUAAAAUCUGGGAUGCUGAUUUACAGAAGAGGCAGCUGGAAAAAAAAAAAGUCUUGUUGUUAAUUAAAAAAAAACAGUUAUGUCACUGGAGUCAAUCUACUUUGAAAAGACGGUGGGGUGGUUUAAAGGAUGGGGCAGGUGUCCGUGUCUCGCCAAGGUGAAGCACUUGACGUCAACAGUGGCAGAUGGAUGACUUGGGACUUUUUGACUUUGGCUCAGGAAAUAAAAGGGCGGAUUAGAGCAUUGUGUUGUGUAAUCCUGUUUGCUGAUAAAAGUGUGAAAUGCUCUUUGCUGCAAAUGUGCAAGCUUAUGUACUAUGCCAAAUCUGGGAUUACAUCAACACCAUAUAUUUCCUUGUACAACAACCAGGGAUAUUGAAUUGACUGGGUUCCCAUUAAAAUUCAAAGGAGUUUGCAAAAUAAUAGUAGCAGCAGCCCAAUACAUUUAGAGAAUUAGGUAGGAUAACGUGGGGUGAGCCAGUACAAAAGGAGUGAAGAGAUCUGAAACAAAUACACAUGAUUUACGUCAACGUUGAAGCAAAACUAAACGUUAGUCCGCAGUCCAUUCUCUUCAUCCCCAAAAAUAAAGAGGAGCUCAUUUCUCUCUUGCACACUGAUUCAAAAGAAGGCAACUGGGAAAGUCCAGUUUUAAAACAUGUAAACAAACUUCUGGUGAGGAGCUGAACGGACGGAAUUUUCUGUCUUGCUCUCAAUAAUGACCCUGUAAUGACCCGUGAUAACAUCAGAACGACAGCAGUGCUCUGUUACAUAUUCAUUUUCACAACAGUUUAAUCUUUCUCUGAUGUUCUUCUUCUGUUUUGGAAAAUUAAAUAUAACAUUCACUUGGUUUAGCAGCAGAUUCUAAAGCAUCUGUGUGAAACCUCAAAAUGAACAAACACAAAUACAUCCUUUAUAAGACGUGAACAUAUUACAUUUAAGCUUCUUCUGUAAGUGUGUGCUGACCAGGAGUCAAA